UUCAUCAGUUCUCUUAUCACCAGCUAGCCGUCAACACGGGUUAUCCCUUUGACUGAGCUCAGGGAACAAAACGGCAACUCUUAGUGGCCCAGGUGGACAAGUGAAAAAUUUUUUUGGAGGCCAUCACUGCCUGAGCGCAGAAGAGUAGGCGUUGGUGAACGUGAGCGUGUGGGAACGCUUUUGUAUCCGAGACUUCUCUACCGACACCAGCCGUGUGAGUGUGUAUGUGUGUGAGCGCGCGCGUAAGGAAGCAACACUUGGUUCUCUCGGGGGUGCGCCACCCUGCCCCAUCCGGUGCGGCCUGAGGUCCGCCGCCGCGCUGAGAGAACGGGUGAUAACAGAUACCAGCCAAAAAAAAAAUGCCAUAUAACCCAACAAACCAGACCGCCAUAAUAUAAACAACCCAAAACAAACACCUUCAACCGUCACGCCAAAUUUUGAUCCCCCCAAUUUUCCUGAGCAGCCGUACGCAGAAAAGCUACCGAAAAUUGCAACAGCAAUCGAAAUCACAGCUAUGCCUGAAGUGUUGCCACUUUCUGGCAUGGCUGAUACCGAGCCGGACCUGUCGACGUUCGAAAACAAGUCCGGCCUGGCGGAGGACAUGAAGUUUUUGGCCUCGAUGCCGGAAUUGUGCGACGUGACGUUUUUGGUCGGUGAAACGCGGGAACCCGUGUGCGCCGUCAAGGCCGUCCUGGCAGCCCGUUCGCGGGUCUUCCAGAAAAUGCUCUACCAAGCUCCAUCACCGCAACGCAAGAAAGAACCACCACCCAGGGAGAACAAGUUGCGGCUGUUCCUGAAGCGUUCGUCCGAACCGCUGCUCAAUCUGCAGAAUGCUGCUCAGCAGCCUGCCGGCCAGCAGCAUCAGACGUUGAUCAUCGAGGAGUUCGAGCCGGAUGUGUUCCGUCAGCUGAUCGAGUACAUCCACACUGGCUGCGUCACGUUGCAGCCUCGCACGCUACUCGGUGUGAUGAACGCUGCCGAUUACUACGGACUGGAGGAGCUGCGUCGAGCCUGCGGUGGAUUCGUGCAGUGCUGCAUCAACGUGGACACGGUUUGCGCCCUGCUGGCUUCCGCCGAACGCUACAUCCAGUACAAGUGCACUAAGAGUCUGGUGCAGAAGGUGUUGGAGUUCGUGGAUGAGCAUGGUAAUGAGGUGCUGAAUUUGGGAAGCUUUACGCUGCUACCGCAGCAUGUUGUGCGUUUGAUUCUGGCUCGGGACGAGCUGCGCGCCGAUGAGUUCACCAAAUUCCAGGCUGCGUUGAUGUGGAGCAAGAAGUACUGUGACACGAACCAAACGACUCCCCUGAAGGAGGUGAUUGGAAACUUUUUGGAGUACAUCCAGUUUCACAAAAUUCCGGCUAACGUUCUGAUGAGGGAGGUCCAUCCACUUGGUUUGGUUCCGUACUCGAUUAUCAUGAAUGCCCUCGCUUUUCAGGCAGACCCAACAAGUGUGGACCCCGGAAAGCUCUCCCCCAACUCCAGUCGAUCCCACCAUCAUCACCAUCAUCAUCAUCAUCAUUCGAAGUCUCUCCCGAAAAUACGUAAAGCCAAGUCCCAGAGUUUCCGCACCCGUCGCAGUCCAUCGGAACGCAAAAGUUUCAUUUCACCGUCACCGUGGAACUUCAACGUCGAUCAGCGCAAGAGUCCGGUCAACAGUCUGCAGCAACAGAUCCAGCAGCAUGUGCCCAGAUCACCGGGAAGCUCUUCGGCCCACUUCGAGCACCGAAGUUCGAUCAGCUCGCAGAAGAGCCCGGUACUGUCACGGCAGAGCACAUUGCGAUCAUCGCAUCGCCGAAAGAGUAGCUUGGGUGCAUCGUUGAAUCUGAGCCAAGGACGUAGAAGUCCGAAUAGUAUGCUAAACGACCGCAGCCCACAGGGCCGCAAAAGUCCUAACCUUCUCAUAACCGACCAAAUGUACACACAAAGCUUUCAGCUUGAUCGUAAAUCUCCUACCGCCAUGUCUUUCUCUGGACGGCGUAGCCCCUCUGGUCUGCGAAGUCCAUCCGGGCUGAGAAGCCCGUCCGGUUUACGCAGCCCAUCGGGCCAACGCAGUCCGUCAGGACAUCGCAGCCCAUCGGGCUUAUGCAGCCCCUCCGGACGUCGCAGUCCUUUAGGUUUCAACCUCCAGAGUGAAUAUUCCAAUCUGCUCCAGAGUCACGUGGAACGUUUUUCGCCAAAUUCCCUCAGUAGUCACUCGGUUCCGGAUCGUCGAAGUCCCACCAUACAUCUGCCACCAGAACGCAGCCGCAGUCCGAUUGGCUUCCAGUCUCGGCUCGGUGGCAGUUUCUAUGGCGAUCGUUCGGCUCGUACCAGUCCGACAACCCUGGGCAGUAUUCCCCCCAUCACCAUCUCGAACCCUUCGGAAACGUACGAAAUCGUACAGAAACCCAUGGAGUCGGAUCGCAGUCCGCUGAAACCGGAUGCACCAUCUGUUGUACCAUUGUCUACCUCUGCCCAGAAGCCAACAUCGUCCACAGCUGGAGCCACCACUCCCGGGUCGGUCAGCUCUGGCACGACAGCACCCGAGAAGAAGGAGAAAACAAGCGUGAUGAAGGAGAUCCUAGCGUUUGUGAGGAAACCAUCCAAAAAGGUUACCACUCGAACCAGCAAAUUUGCUGCCGCAUUUUCACGAGCUGAAGGCAGCGCUGGCGCUCCGCUGAUGCGUCAAAGUACCUUCUCCAGCAUUCCAAACACGUCAAGUUGUGCCGGUCGCAACGCUAUCACGAAGCAAAUGUCGGAGAUCGGCUUUGAGCCGAUCAUGUCUUCGUUGAAGCUGAAGGCGGUCGGUUCGAAGAUGUCCCUGAAGUCACUGCGAAAGUUUAGCAGUGAUAGGAAGGACAAAAAGUCUAGUGGUGAUGAGAUUAGUGAUAUCGAGAGUAGUGACGGUGGCAAGAUGGAAGGAAGUAAUCCGUUGGAGCUGCCGUUUGAGCUGGAGAAUGUGCGCUUUGAGAAGGUCGGAGAUUCCUACAUCAAGCACGACCAGAUCAAAGAAGAGGACAGCCCGAGAAGUUCACAGGAUAGCGGCGAUGCGGAAGAUGGACGGUUAAAGAUUACGCCGAUUAGUGAGAUCAAGAAGUCGCUGGAAGCGCUGUUUACUCGGCAGGAGCCGAUUGACGAGGCUGCCGAAGAUGGCAGACGGGAUUCGGAGGCGGUGCAGUGUCCCACGUUCGAGAUCGAACCUCCGUCUAGGCGGGCAUCGUUCGAUCCUCCCCGUUCGCCCUAUUUGGAGAAUUUACGGAGUUUGAGCGAUACGGAUCAUGAAGCCAACCAACACAGUAGACUGGAUUCCGGUGGGGAUAGUUUUGAACUGAUCGAUACGACAACCGAUCGCCGAGGGGAGAGUAGUGUCAGCGAUCGGCAUUCGUCUAUGGAUACUAGCUUCGAUAUGAGCCGUUAUCAAUCGACGAGCUAUGAAGACCAGAACUCGAGCUUCGAACUGGUUGAGUUGGAUACCUCGCAAAAAACAUCGGCAAGGGAUGAAAAGAUUUCCCCCUUCGACAUUCGCAAGUCCUCGAUCGAGCUGGUAGAUCCGGAGACAUUCCAUCGAUCCUACCCGGAGGGUAGAAAAUCCUCUCUGGAAACACAUUUCGAUCUCGCGGAAGGUUACCACGGGACCAGUCCGCGGAGUGCCGUUACGAUCACUCCGAAGGCCCGCAAGCAAAUAUCGGAACCCGGCCGAAACCGAGAUCAUCACCACAAGGUGGGCAGCAUGAAGACCCACUAUUCUGCACCACAUCGUGCCAAAUCACCAUUGUCGAAUCAAACUUCCUCGAACUACAGUUCCCGUGACAGCUACGAUUCGAUCUUCGAGUCCUUACCUCACUGCGAAGUCCGCAGCCCGUUCUCGGACCGAGACUCCAAGCAGCACUUCCAGCUGCCCCGUAAAUCGUCCAACGAAUCCUCGCGCUUCCUGUGUACCGACAAACGCUGUGCCUCAAUCUUUGAGCCUCGUCCCGCUCGUCUUUCGUCCACCCACCUGGACACCUCCAGUGGCAGCGAGUUUGAGCCGCCGUCACCGCGGAGAGCCGCCAGUGCAUCGCCAAAGCACACCUUCACCUUCCGGAUCGUGCUGAAGAAGGUGGACAGUUCGCCGGAUGCGAUUUGCCCGUCGGCCGAGCGACGCAAUCGGGAGAAGCCCGACAAGCACAAGCGGCGCGAUAGUCGCCGCAAGAAGCUGCUCGAAAUUGGCAAGAGCUUCUAGAGUGCUCAAAGUUUUAAAACGUGUUUAAACAGUAUUUAUUAGCCAGCCAGCGUUUUUUGACAUUCUAUUCGUGCACACACAAUUUUACAUCGUUGUUUACUGUCACCUUGAUCAAAUUGAAAGUCAAACUUAAGAAUAAUCUCUUUUCCAUUUUGCGAUUAUUUCCCGAAUAUAGAGAAGAAAAAAACUUUUUGAAGCCGUAUUUUGGGUGGAAAAAUUACAUCCAGAACGUGUACAAAGUUCACCUUUUUCCCGACAAGUGCAUUCCGUUACUUCCGUAUUGUGUGAAUUUUGUCGAACUACAGUACAUAUAUUCAUUCCAGUGAAGAAGCACACAGUUUUAAGGUAACUCAAAGCACUGAAAUUAAAAGUUAAAUCAAAUCAAUCCCUACGAAGCAAAAAAAAAUAUAACGUGUUCAAAAUGUGAAAUACUCUCAAAUACCGGGUAAACAACAGCAGACAUUAUAACAAACUACAGUGUAUUCAACUAACCGACAGUGAUCAAAAUCUAUUAUAUCAACAAUUAUAUAGUUAUUCUUCCCCAAUACGCAAGCGGGUGUUUUGCAGUACAAGUAUAUCAUCACAAGUACACAGUAAAUAAUUCUAAACAAAAAAAAAAAAAACAUUUAAAUCACAGUGUAUACAUUCGGACGUUCCGAUCAAAGCAGGCCUCGAUUUGCCUUUGUGGGACAUGACAUUUCAAAGACGGCGCUGCACUGUCUUCGCGCUGUCGAUCGUAAACUAUCAAGCUCAACAACACGGUUACUAUGUUGACUUUUACACUGCUUGCUCAGAAUUUUGUUGAAAAGAGAAAAACGCUCUGCUUAUAUAAUUACAAUUUUUUACUAGAAAUUGUUGCUGACCACAAAAACGCAAUCAUGACGCCAUAUUGUUUGGACACCUUUCCUCUUUUUCGUUUAUCUUCUGGAAGAAGGGGCCGUACCGAAAUCUAACACGUUCAGCUAAACAAAAUAUAAAGUUCGAAAAAAAAGUUAUUGUUAUUUGUUUCUCGUGUCUAUAAUUAGCAACAAAGUAAUCUUACUAACUGUCUGUUUUUUGUCGAUCGCCCUCUUCCUCUUGCGUACCACACAACUAACAAGUACAUGUUACCAUUGUUGAUAUAAGCUUAGCUUUGAUUGAUAUUUAAAAAAAAACUACAGCAACCGUAUUGAGCGAGGUUCUCUCUUUCCGAGAGAUCGGAAAGGUAGAGCGAAAAAGAUGGAGACACAAGAAAAAAAAACUAAAGUUUACAAACUACCAAAUCGUUGUUUGAUCGAGUGACACUUAUUUACAAUCGAACUUACCCUGAAGUGACGUAACAUCACACAACUAAAUUCAACCUAGGAAUGAGCAAAACCGAAAAGUCGAUAUCAACUGAAAUGGAGAGAUUCGAAAUUGGGAUGCAACAAAAAUGUUACCGAAAAUGUCUGAAAAAAGAAAUCUAAAUAAAAUCCAUUCAUUAUUCCAUUCACACACCCUCACAUCCAUUAUUCGGUGUAUGUUGAUUGAUCUGAAAAGAA